UGUUUAGUUUGACAGUUGGCAUUACUGAUUGAAUAAAUCAAUGAAAUGAGGGGUUAUGUCAAUUCUUGGUUGGUUAUGUGUUAUGUUUGAUUUUGAUUUAAGAAAAUUAUAAUUACCUCAAUUAGAAAUGAUAGAUAGCAUAAAUUUUAGAUAAUUUUUAACUAAAAAAAAAGUAAUUCUUAAUUAUUAACAUUUCUGUUACUGCCAGAGUUGUUUUCUACAUAAUAAUUAAAUUAAUUUAAAUGGAUCAUGGAUCUUCAUCAGCCAAUCGUUUUUGGAAAUCGGACUGUAGAUCAGCUAAAUCCAGAAGAAAAAUAUAGGUAUGAACAUCAAAAACUUCACGAACAACAUAAGGGACAUGAAAAAAAUGCACGCAGAAAUGGUCUUGAUACUAAUAGUUACCCUAAUUGUAGUACAAUUAUGCCUUAUAGAAUGGAAAAAACGUCAUUAUAGGAGCUAUUGUCUAGUAACCCUACUUGGGAUGUGGCUGGUGCCUUUAGGACUUUGUUUGAAAAGCUUGUGGUGGAGGUUUAUAUUUGUAUGGUUGCUGUUUUCCUGUAUUACCUGUUUAAUUGUUAGAAAAGCUAUACAAAAACCUAUUGACAGGACUACACCGAGAUUGGUUUAUAAAUGGUUUCUCCUCCUUCACAAAUUAAGUUACGGCUUAGGUCUGAUUGGUUAUUUUAUAAUGAUGGCGACAUUUUUUGGUCUCAAUUUCGUAUUUGAUGCCAAGCCAAACAGUUGGAUGGAUUGCGGUUUGUUAUUUAUAUUUUAUGGACUGUAUUAUGGAGUGCUAGGACGAGAUAUUGCCGAAAUUUGCGCUGACAAGAUGGCGGCGCACAUUGGAUAUUAUUCCCCACAAGGUAUUAGUACUAGAAAUCUGGAACCUUUAGUUUGCGCCGUUUGCGGAAACAAGUUAUUGGUCGACGAAAACGAAGAAGGGGUCAUAGAAAAUACCUACAAAUUAAGUUGUGAACAUGUAUUUCACGAGUUCUGCAUUAGAGGUUGGUGUAUUGUAGGAAAAAAACAAACAUGUCCGUAUUGCAAAGAAAAGGUAGACUUGAAAAAAAUGUUUUCCAAUCCGUGGGAAAAACCGCAUAUGCUGUUUGGUCAACUCCUCGAUUGGAUUAGAUGGUUGGUGGCGUGGCAACCGAUGAUUUUAUUCCUUGUCCAAGGUAUUAACUGGGUUUUAGGUCUAGAAUGACGAGGCUAAUUUUAUUCAUUUUUUUAUGUAUAUUUGUUACAUUCUUAAAUUAUUGAAAAUAAUAAAAUAUCUGUUUUUUUUUUGUUCAA